UCUGUGGCCGACACCUUCGCGAUGACCGUUUGUCAGUUCUUCCUUCAGGGCCGGUGCCGCUUUGGAGACCGGUGCUGGAACGAACAUCCCGGCGCCAGGGGGGCGGGCGGGGGACGGCAGCAACAGUCCUCAGGACGGGGCUGGAACAGCAGCAGCCAGAGGUACUCCAGUGUCAUCCAGCCAUCCAGUUUCUCCAGAUCCUCACCAUGGGGUGGCAGCAGAGAUCAAGAAAAGUCAUCUUUUGGUUCCUUUGAUUCUGGCGGUUCAGCCAGCAGGAACAGGGAUUUUGGAUUGUCUCAGAACCCAUUUAAUUCUCUUAACUCCGAUGAGCAGAAAGAUGAGAAGAAGAUUCUGGAAGGAAUUAUUAAAGAUAUGGAGAUUUGGGAGUCAUCAGGGCAGUGGAUGUUUUCAGUUUACUCACCAGUGAAAAAGAAACCUAAUAUUUCAGGUUUUACAGACAUUUCACCAGAGGAAUUGAGACUUGAAUAUCAUAACUUCUUAAGAAGCAAUAACUUACAGAGUUAUCUAAAUUCCGUUCAGCAGUUAAUAAAUCAGUGGCGGAACAGGAUAAAUGAAAUAAAAAAUCUGAAUACAUCUACUAAAAUAUCUUUGCUCUCUGAUGGAGGAAGUCAAGCUACUUCUUCAUUUGGAUUUGGCAGUAGGCAGACAGCAGUGUUUGGAUCAUCAGGUUUUUCAGCAAAUAAUAGCAGUAGUAAUAAUGUCCACAAUUUCAGUUUUAAAUCAAGCCCUGGAUUUGGCAGUGGCUCUUCUGGGAAUGCUUCUGUGUUUGGGAGUAUAUCAGCGUUUGGAGCCGCACCCUCUGCCAGUUCAGCCAUCCCUGCUCCUGCUCCAGCUUUUGGAUUUGGGAAACCUGACGUCCCAUCUGCUGCUUCAUUUUCUUUUAAAACUUCUGAAGCUUCCAGUUUUGGAUCAUCUGGAUUUUCAGGCUUUCCAACUUCCAUGGCAACAAGUCCUAUGAGCACUCCAGUGGCCCCGGCCUUUGGCAGCAACAGUUCUGUGACUGGUUUUGGUGGUCCAGGCUCCCAGUCUCACUCUGCUUUUACCAGACCAUCCAGUGACAGCUUUGGAAGUAGCAACAUGUCCUCCUCUCUCCUGGCCUCAAACGGCAGCACCACAACAGAUAAUGCAUUAUUCACACCCAAGGAUCAGCUGACAUCAGAAGAACUAGAACAAUUUCAGUCCAAGAAGUUUACUCUAGGAAAAAUUCCAUUAAAGCCACCACCGGUGGCACUCCUGAAUAUUUAAUAAAAGGAGGAUUUUAAAUACCAAAAAGAGCAA